CCUCCUCUUCCGCCCGCCGACCCUCCCAAAUGGUGUAGACCUUGCGAUAUCCCCCUAUACCUCACGAGCCCGGUAGAACCCUCAAGGUCCCUCCCUCGGCGACCCCCCCUCCAUCCGUCCCUCCCCAUCCCGCCUCCCCCCGCAUUCCCCCCCUCGCAGGAAAGGAAAGGCGAUUGGGGGCGCGUGGACUUUUGCAACCUCAAGUUCGGCAGCCCAGACGCCGCCAGGAAGGUCGCCGAGAGAGGGCCCUUCGGCUUUGUGGUGGGCAGCGACCUCCUGUACGGGGACACGGCCCCGCCCGAGCCGCUCGUGGAGACGCUCGCCGCCCUGGCGCGGGCGCCGGAGACGAGCAGCGCGCAGGUCAUCAUGGCGAUUUCAGGGAACCGCUGCGCCGACGAGGCGAAGGCCUUCUGCGCGGCGGCCGAGGCGCGCGGCAUCUGGAAGGUGAGCCUGGCCGAGCCCGACGACUUCCUGGAGGGCUACAACGCCAAGUCCGCCUUCUACGGCAGCGACGAGGGCCCGCACCCGAACGUCGUCCACCUCACUGUCGCCGCGCCCGCCACGGGCGAGGAGGCGGGCACAGACUGCAAGCGCCGCAGGGUGGAUGGAGGCUGCCCUGGCGAACCAGUCUCGGUCUCGGCCUAGUGCCGCCCGCCUUGGGCUGCCCGCGGACGACCGCCGCGGAGGCCUCGCGCCGAGGAGAAAUCGGCGUCUGUCCCGUGCCAGUGCAAAUCCGGUAAUUUUGCGCAGCUGGCCACAAUUUACCGUCGUCCGCUUCGCUCCCGUCAUAAGGGGCUCUGCUUCGGAGCAGCAGUUCUGGCAAACACGGAGUCCCACAGCCUCGUGGGGUUGCGGAGCCAACACGGGGCCACACCAGCCCCGUGGGGUUCCCGAGGGCUUCCCCCGAGGGCUUCCGAGAGGGGUCGGACGACAUGCCUGCCAACACGGCGUGUGACUGUCGCGAGUCGCUAACGCU